AUGAACACGGAGUUCGCGGACCUGUACGGCGUGCGGCCGUCAUAUAGGGCCUUCAACUUCAGCGAGGGCUUCACGGAGGAGUACGUGCGCCGGCGGUGCGUGCAGUGGUACAACCUGGGCGCAUCGGACACCGUGUUCCUGGGGUCGCCCAGCAAAGGGACGAACAGCCUUGGGGAGCCCACAAUCACGGGCGUGGAGGCCCUGAGGGUGGUGUUCGGGACCAAGCCGAAGCAGAGGCUGGCCAGGGAGGGGCUGGCGGAGAUCAGAUGGGACCCCGCGGAGGAGGAGGAGUCCUGUCUGACGUCCACCGACUGCGCGCGGUGCGCGACCGGGAUGCGGACCGUCAGCAACGCCGCCAAGGCGGGGUGCACGCCCUCCGGCGCGCAGAGCCAGAGCUGCUGCGACUUCAUGGCGGCCUUCCGGGCGGCGCCGUGCCUGGUGCCCCAUCUGCAGGCCCUACCCGAGAUCGAGAUCCUGGCCAACCUGGGCUUCCAGGCCUGCCGCCUGCCGCCGCUGGUGCUCGACAAACGCUGCGCGAACAACCUGGCCAUCCGCGGGCAGCACGCGCUGUGCUCGUGCGUGGACAACGCGGGAUCGCGCCCGUGCGCCGCCGCCGCUGCCGCCUUCGUUGAGUCAGGCGGGAACGGGACAAGUGUCGUCUCCAACGGCGCGGGGUGUCCGCCCGCAGCCGAGGAGGGUGUCUGCACCUGUCUUGCGGACAGGCAAUCACCCGAGUGUGCCCAGGCGUGGGCGGAGUUCGGCGAUUCGAAUCCCGGGUCGGCGACGAUUUUGCAGGCGGCCAAUGAGGGGAACGAGACGGCCGCUGCGGAGGUCAGCCGGAUACUGGUGGAGGACGCUGGCUGCCCGGCGGUGUGCGAGUGUCUGUCUGACGUGGACUCACCCCAGUGCGUCGAAGCUGCGGAGGCCUACUCGGAGUCGAAUCCCGAAUUUGGGCCGGCUUUCGAGGCGGCGAGGCGGAACGAAUCGGCUGCGUCCCAGUUCGAGGAGAUUCUUGCCAACGAAGCUGGGUGCCCCGAUUCUGCAGAGGACGUGUGCGCGUGCCUGACGGACAGCAGGUCGCAAGACUGCACGGCGGCUUUGGCGGCGUACACGCCUGAGAAUCCCGAUUCCCUUGCCGCGUUGUUGUCGACGGCUCCCAACGCGACCGCCAACGUGCAAGUCCGCAAAAUCCUUCGAGAGCAAGCCGGGUGCGCCGUUCCCCGGUCUGUGGCGCUUCCGACUGUUGGCAUUUGCGUCGAUGACCCAACUUCGGAGGACUGCGCCGCCGCAGUGGUGGCCCUUUUCGAUAGUCUCGGCUCAAGUGCUGCAGCUGACGAGGAAAUUGUGGAGCUGCUGUCAGGAUCUUUAGUCAAUGGCGUCCCGUGUCCUGUGAGGAAAGAUUGCCCCCCGCAGGUUAUAGCGGAACAGACGGAACAGACGGCGCCAGAUCAGAUGCAGCCAGAAGAGAAUGCGCCAGAGCCCCCCCAAGCGGCGUCUACAGCGUCCGUCGCACCGCCGGAGCCGCGGCAGAGGUACCUGCCCACGAUUGUGCGAACGCCCUUAAAGGACGAAGACGAAGCGCGGGACGUCGUGGAGGGAUGGGAGCGUGCGUGGCACGACAAAAUUGAGGAGAAGAUCAAGGACUACAAGCUGAUCAAGGUGUCGUGGUUCUCGUCCAUCAUUCCCGAAGAUGUAAUAGAGGACGCAGGCGAGGCCCAUGCGCCCUUGAUCCUCGGUGGCUACGCGCUGGUCCUGGUCUACAUGGUGUCCUACUUUCUGAUCGAGUUCGAAAACGGCAGGCCCGUGCUCUCCCAUCUGCCUCCGGGACCCCUCUCUGCAAUCCUGGCCUUGGCCGCCAUCAUCAUAGCGGUGUUCGGCACGUUUGGGAUCAUCGGCCUCGUUUCGAUGACGGACGUCAAGACCUCCCCAAUCACCCCCCAGGUCGUGCCGCUGCUGAUGGUGGGGCUCGGGAUCAAUGACUUCUUCGUGAUGGCGACGGCCUUCAGGGUUGCGCUCGGAACCGCCAAGUCCAGGUCCGUGGAGGACAUCAUGGCGGAGACAAUGGCGAAGGGAGGGGCCAGCAUCACCCUGUCGUCGCUGAGCAUCACCGCUGCCUUCGCGCUCGGGACGCUGAGCCCCGUUCCCGCAAUCGAGUGGUUCGGCGUCCACAUGGCGAUUGGCGUCGUGAUGGCGUACAUCACGUCGGCGACCACCAUUCCUUGCAUCAUUGCCUGGGACCUUCAGAGGCAUCUGAGCAGGAAGCCGAGUCUCGUUCAAGCUUCCGUUGAAGACGCGUCGCAGGACAGUCCAACCGACGGCGAAAAGGGUCGGGCAGCGGACGGUCCGUUUAAAACUGGUGCCAGUCUUAAACCCACCAGUGGGAUGCCUCAGACAGACAGUGGCUCAUUCUUGGGACGCUUUUUCCGGAGGGCGCUUGACAGCCCGGCGUACAAGGUAGCUGUACUGGUGGUUUACAUCGGUUGGCUGGCGCUUGGCGUGUGGGGAAUAACGAAGAUCGAGAGGGGGCUCACCGUCUCGGAGACCGUGCCCAAGGACAGCAACCCCGGCAGGUUCUUCUCCGCAUCGGAGGAGCACUUCAACACAUACCUCGUGUACCUGGUCUUCCGCGGCGAUCAGGAUUACGCGGACCUCGCCGUGUUCAACGAGUCCAAGCGGACGGAAUUCGAAUUUGUGACUAAGGCCCACAAUGCGGACCCGCUCUACGGGGUGGCAUCGGCCCUGGAUUACUACACAGACUAUGUUGACUCCAAAUUCUGCGCGGACGCGGUGUGCAUGGACGAGGUCGAGUGGUACUGGGACGGCUUUUACUCCGAGGAGUUCGCCAGUGUGCACGACAGAGUGCAGAACAAGUGCCUGAAUUUGAUACCAGGCCUGACGUGCGCCCAGCUGUGCCAGGUGAUCUGCCCGCAGGGGCCACCGGGGUCGCCGUACCGGUGCCGGCUGUCGGAGGAUGAGCAGGCGUGUUACUGCCCCUGGCGGCCCAAGGUCAGGUCGGACAUCUUCUAUGAGAGUCCUGAGGAUUCCCCGAUUGAGAGUUUCUGGACUGACUUCUUCAACAAGUCCCUGGGGGGUGCCGUGUCCCAGACCUUCGUGGACUUCGACGACAACGGGGUAGAGGGCUCCCAGUUCGGCGUCCCGCUGGGAAUGAGGACGUUCGCAUUCGUCGAGGACGUGCCUGCCGUCCCGGACAAGGUCAAGCACAUCCAAUCAGGCCGCGCGGCCGUGGACGCCACCGCCGUGAACGCAUUUGCCUUCGACUACGUGGUGUACGGAGUCGGCGAGCAGUACGAGAACAUCGCGAGGAACACCGCAAUCGCGCUUGCCAUCUCGGUGGCUGUUGCUGCCUUUGUCAUGAUGCCCCUGAUCAUACACUGGUUCGCGGCUGUCAUUGUGGCGGCGUGUGUGACUUCAGCAGUGGUGAUCGCCGCCGGGAUGGUUCACUGGAUCGGGCUGCGGCUGAACUACACGUCGUUUGUUGCCCUUAUCGUGUCGGUGGGCCUGUCCGUGGAGUUCUGCUCCCACAUCACGCGGCACUUCAUGCUGUCGGAGGGCGACAGGCCUCAGAGGGCGUUCGGCGCCGUCAAGGGGAUGGGUCUGGCCGUGCUCAACGGCGGCAUCACGACCCUGCUCAGCAUACUGCCCAUCGCGUUUUCCGAGUACCCCUACUUUAGGGAGUACUUCUUCGCGCAGUACUCUGUCAUGGUGGGCAUAGGCCUGUUUGUUGGGCUCAUCCUGCUGCCCGUGCUGCUUUCUACCGUGGGGCCGAGUGCGUUCACCUGGAGGCUGAUCGAAACGCCCAGGGCAGCCGAUAGUGCAGGCAAGUCGGCCAACAAGUCUGCGUUCUUGUUGCAAGUUUGA